AUGGGCAAGAACGAGUCGUGUAAGGCUGUAUGCGGCAAGCAGACCUUCCAGCCUCGCGAUGCCAAGUUCGUCAAUACUCGCAUCGUGCAGAAUUACAAUGUCAACUGGAACAUUGACGGUUUGCCUGCUGCCCAGAAGAUGAUCGAUGCCAAUCAAGACAUCUUCUACAGUCCUGGCUUCGCUCUUGGUCAGGUACAUGGUACCAUUCCCGACAAUGUGACUCCUGUCCUCAACAACCACUACAACAUCUUUGUCGAAUAUCACCAGGCCUCACAGGACAAGUACCGCGUUGUGGGUGUCUUGGUCGAACCGGCAUCUUCCAUCGACUCCAAGCUACUGGACGAUGGCAAGGUUCAAUGCGGUGACAUCGCUCACCCUGUUAUUCUCUCCGAGAAGGAUGCUACCGAAAUUGUUUGGACGUACAGCGUUUACUGGGUACCCUCUCCUACUUCGUUCGCCACACGCUGGGACAAAUACCUCCAUGUCUACGAUCCACGUAUUCACUGGCUCUCGCUGACCAUCUCGGCACUCAUCGUCGUCGCUCUUGUCGGCAUGGUGUCCACCAUACUUCUCCGGACUCUGCGCAAGGAUAUUGCUCGCUACAACCGCCUCGAUGAUUUGGGUCUUGAUGACUUUGGCAGUACGAGCUUGGAUGAUACAGUGCAAGAGGAUUCAGGCUGGAAGCUUGUGCAUGGUGAUGUCUUCCGUCCACCGAGACACCCCAUGGUCCUGUCAAUUCUGGUCGGUAACGGCGCCCAGCUCUUCAUGAUGACCGGGUUCACCAUUGCCUUUGCUCUGCUCGGCUUCUUGUCUCCUUCGAACCGUGGUUCUUUGACUACUGUUAUGGUCAUGCUGUACACUUUCUUUGGUGCUGUGGGAGGAUAUGUCUCGGCACGUGUAUACAAGUUCUUCCAUGGCGACUCAUGGAAGCAGAACAUUGCCUUUACACCCUUGCUCGUCCCUGGCACUGUGUUUGGCGUUUUCUUCCUUCUCAACUUGUUCGUCUGGGCACGUCAGUCUUCUGGAGCCGUGCCAUUCACCACCAUGCUCGCUCUUGUCAGCAUCUGGUUCCUCAUCUCCGUGCCUCUUUCUGUCGGUGGUUCAUGGCUUGGUUUCCGCGCUCCUGAAUCCACGCCUCCAGUCCGCACCAACCAGAUCCUUCGCCAAAUCCCACCAUCAACCGGAUACCUACGCCCCUUGCCUUCGAUGUUCCUCGUCGGCAUUCUUCCUUUUGGCGCCAUUUUCCUCGAGCUUUACUUUAUCAUCAGCAGUAUCUGGUUCAGCCGUAUCUACUACAUGUUUGGCUUUUUGUUCCUCUGCUACGGACUGAUGAUUGUAACAUCUGCUGCCGUCACCAUCCUUAUGGUCUACUUUGCACUGUGUGCGGAAAACUACCAUUGGCAGUGGAGAGCAUUCUUCACCUCUGGCGCCUCUGCGAUUUACGUCUUCUUGUAUGCCAUGCUUUAUUGGGUAAGGACGCUGAGUUUCACAUCGUGGACUUCUGGGGUGUUGUAUUUGGGAUACAGUGCGCUGAUUAGUGCAUUGUGGUUUGUGUUGACCGGUGAGUUUUUUUUUGUUCCACUUCUUCUUUAUUUCCGUGUUGUGCAUCUUGGAAGGCUAAUUUUUUUCCGUGACCANGGUACGAUUGGAUUUGUCGCCACGUGGGCAUUUGUGUAUAGGAUCUAUGGCUCGCUCAAGAUUGAUUGA